GGGCGAUGCGCUUUCCCGCGCAGGGGAGACACCGGCGCGCGGCUGCUCGGGCCACAGCCCAGACAGCGCGCGCCCCUCACCGCCGUGUCUGCUCCUCCGCUGGCUCCCAAUAGCGGAGCAAGCCCAGCGGCGGAGGCGUGGCCAGGCCUCUUAAGGAAGCUCAGCUGGGGCGAGCUCUCUGCAGAGGCUCGUAUGCUGAGGGCCGGGAUUAUGGCGACCUACGUGCAACUGAGCACUAAGGCCAAGAUGCCCAUACUGGGGCUAGGCACCUGGCAGGCUCCUCCUGGGAAGGUGGCAGAUGCAGUGAAGUUUGCCAUCGAUGUUGGAUAUCGCCACUUUGACUGUGCCUAUUUGUACAAGAAUGAGAGUGAAAUAGGGGAUGGGAUCCAGCAGAAAAUCAAGGAAGGGGCUGUGAAACGGGAAGAUCUUUUCAUUGUCACUAAGCUUUGGUGCACGUUUCAUGAGCGAUCCCUUGUGAAAGGGGCAUGCCAGACAAGCCUUGCUGCAUUGAAACUGGAUUACUUGGACCUGUACCUUAUUCACUUUCCUAUGGGAUUCAAGGCUGGGGAGGAGACACAUCCUGUAGAUGACAGUGGUAUGAUUGUCUCUAGUGACACUGAUCUUUUGGACACCUGGGAGGCUAUGGAAGAGCUGGUGGAUGCAGGUCUAGUGAAAGCCAUUGGAAUCUCCAACUUUAACCACAAACAGAUUGAGAGAAUCUUGAACAAGCCUGGGUUAAAAUACAAGCCUGCCAACAACCAGAUUGAGUGCCAUCCAUACCUUACCCAGGAGAAGCUGAUUAAGUAUUGCCAGUCCAAAGGGAUCUCUGUGACCGCAUACAGUCCUCUUGGCUCUCCUGACAGGCCAUGGGCCAAGCCAGGGGACCCUACUCUCCUGGAAGACCCUAAAAUUAAAGAGAUUGCUGCUAAACACAGCAAAACCCCUGCUCAGGUUCUGAUCCGAUUUCACAUCCAGAGGAAUGUGGCAGUCAUUCCCAAGUCUGACAAACCACAUCAUAUUGAAGAGAAUUUUAAGGUGUUUGACUUUGAAUUGACUAAUGAGGAGAUGGAAACCAUCCUCAGCUUUAACAGGAAUUGGAGGGUGGUUGAAAUGCUCAAAGCUGUGAAUCACAAGGAAUAUCCAUACAAAGAAGAUUAUUGAAGCUGGUGUUUCCUGGGCGCAUCUGGCUACUACAGAAGUGGAGCCUCUUCUGCUCUGAUUUGUUCUUCUGUACUGAGUGGCCUUCAACUAUUGCCUGCCCUUCUUUUACCACCAAACCCAUGGUCUGAAAGAAGGAAUGUAGCAAAAAGUUGAAGAACAAACCAAACCAUUUUGAUAGGUUAUCUUUUUAUCAAAGAGUUGGAGGUACUGCUUUUUGCAACACUACCCAAAAAAGUUCUUUCAUUCCUCUUUUCUUUUAUAUUAAACGCCACUUCCUGUUUAAUCACUUUAGAAAGAGUUCAAGGUAGGUUAAUACAAUACGUCAGUGCAAUAAGGGAUGCUGUAUUAACUACAUAACUUUCUAUACAGUUACUUAUGUCACUUGUCUGUUUGUCCCAGCUGGAUAGAUAAUAAUUAUGCUGUGCUUAAUGUAAGACAUUAAACUACUGAAUUA